UGUAAAAGUAGAAUCAGUGCUCUGGAGUCGAUUGUUUUUGUCUGGAUGGAGGGAGGAGUGUGUUCACUUUCACUUAGGAUGCUUAUAACGCUUAAUGUUUGUACAAUCCGGAAAUAAAAUCUACAGGACCUGACAUUAGGAUACAAUGCGCGUCGUGCACCUAUAGAUCACAGGGAGCAGGGAGCAUUUGGGAUUUGACCCAUGUCUCUUUAAGCAGUGAAAGCAUGGCAUCGAGCUUGGACCUCAUGAAGACCUCAGACCUCAUAAAGAAGGAACGUCUGGAUUACGGCGGCUUCGGGGAGGUGUUUUUGUGCUACCACAAAACUCUGGGACAUGUGGUGCAGAAGACGGUCUACACAGGACCACCUCGUAUCGAGCAGCAAGCAUCUCUGUUGGAGGAAGGCAGUCUGAUGAAAAGGUUGAACCACGAGCGUGUGGUGAAGCUGCUGGGGGUCAUACUGGAGGAAAGAGACUACUCUCUGGUCAUGGAGCUCAUUCCUAAAGGCAACCUGCUGGUCAUGCUGCAGAAAGUGAACGUUCCAGUAUCCAUUAAAGGCAGGAUCGUCCUGGAGAUCCUAGAGGGGAUGGUUUAUCUAACAGAAAACCAAGUGAUUCACAAGGACCUCAAACCAGAAAACAUCCUGGUGGACGAAAAUUUUCAUAUAAAGAUCGCAGAUCUCGGUCUGGCCACGUGUCAGACGUGGAGUCGGCUGACGAGGGAGGAGUCGCGCAGACAGAGUCGCGGAGCCAGGAAGUCGUGUGUGAUGGCGGCCGGGACGUUGUGCUACAUGGCUCCAGAGCACCUGGAAAGCAUCAACACUCGCUCUACUGAAAAAUCAGACGUUUACAGCUUCGCCAUUGUGGUGUGGGUCAUUCUGACCAGCAGGGAGCCUUACGAGAAUGCUAUUAGUCAAGACCAGAUCUGCCAGUGUGUGCGUAAAGGAGACCGUCCGGAUGAAAGCCUUAUUCCGUGCAGUUCCCCCAAAGAGAUCAUCGGCCUUAUGAAGAAAUGCUGGGAACAUGACCCUCAGAAACGACCUCGAUUUAAAGAGAGCUUUGACUCUUUCUCGCCUUUCUAUAAGAAGAACCUGCACUCUGACACUGAGCGAGAUUUGCAGAGCCUUAAAGAUUCCUAUGAAGGUCCAUUGCUGGAGAAGUUAAAAUCACUGACCACAGAGCUGGUAGUUCCUGCUGCAGCACUGGAGGCUCCACCCUUACGGCCACACUCCGGCGACUCUCCUACCCCUCUGCUGAGUUCAGACCUGGGGCCUGUGGAAACGAGCAUGGAGGAGCUGAGUUUAAUGACCUCAGGUUCAGGUGGCUUUCAAGCGGACGCCGUCCCUGAACAACCUUCUGACCCGCCGAACCUGGAACAGAAACUGAACCAAGAGUUCAGAUAUCACAAAGAAGGCAGCUACACCCCUGAGCAGCAGCCUUACAACCCUGCUUACCAUAACAACCCGGUCUUGCAGACUUCCCCCAGCUCCGUCUGGGGUGGAGAUUUUCCUCAGCAGGUAUCCUCAGUGCAAUCUUGGUCCAAGCCGAAUCCGACUCCGAAUCUGAAUCCUUACGAGGCUUUCCCCAGGCCGGAAUACACAAACCAGCUGUCGGCGUCGCUUUUGCAGUGCGGACCGAGUCAUCAGCAUAAACCAAUUGAACGUAUGCAGUCAUGGCCUUCUGAUUUCUCUGCAGUGGGGAUCAGUCCUCAGACUGAAACAAAUGGAUCGCUGUACAUCAGUCAAGCCAGUGGGAUUCAGAUCGGGAACAACAACACCAUGAAUUUCCGCAGUGUAGACAGCUCGUCUCUCAGCUCGCAGUCCAGUACGUCAUCCUGCAUCACGAGGUAUAAAGAGCUGCUGCAGAAGUACGAAGACCAUGCAGUAACUGAUGAACAUCUGGAGCUGGUCCGCAAGAACGUAGGUGGAAAGUGGAAAGCCUGCUCCAGGAAGCUGGGCCUCACCGAUGUGGAGAUUGACGCCAUCGAGCACGACUAUUCACGUGACGGUCUGGCUGAGAAGGUCCACCAGAUGCUGGAGCACUGGAAGAUGAAGGAAGGUCUUCAAGGCUGCACGGUGGGAAAACUGUGCCGUGCCCUGGAGCAGUCUGUUAAAGCAGAUGUGCUUCUCGAAAUACUGCUCAAGUCUCAAGACUACACAGCAGCGUUGUUAAGCCAGAUUUAAGUUAAAGUGAAAAGUCCGGGUGGAGAAUUUUUAUAUUGAAAUAAGAGUAGAAACACUUUCUGUUAUUUUACUUUUCUAUUUAUUUCUACUUUUCUUCUUUUUGUUUCAAAAAAACACAUUUUUAUCCUUUAACCAGACCAUAUAAUUUUCUUAAUUUUUUUUUUUUUUAUAAAAUUUAGUAUAAAAAAAAUCUUGGGGGAGACCGAAUAUUUUUACAGAAAUUUUCACCAGCAAUCUGCGAUGUGUAUAUAUAUAUAUAUAUAUACGAUAUUUCUGAUUCACACACACACAAAUCUUUCUCUUUUUAUUUAACACAAAUUUUCAACUUUUAUUUUAAGAACUUUUUAUAUUUGUUCCUUUCAGAAGUUAAAGAUUCUUUAGCUUUAGUUAUCCAGCGAAGACUUAAAGAAUCCUUCCAAAUCCCAGUUUUCAUCUUCCUAGCUGAAUUUUAAACAUCUAAGAGGUUCUAAAGAACACAACAGAGCAGAAAAGUCAUUACUGGUGUAAACCCAGUGAGUUUGAAUGACAAGAUUAACCAGUUAAUACACACACUCUGUUUAAACAGAAUCCCAGGUUACGUAGUUUGAGAUUUCACACUGCUCGUACUUUACCCAGGAUUAACGAUGAAUCCUGUCUCUUCAUAAUCUGACGUUUUACAUCUCAGUGAGAAAAAAAAAGUUCAGGUCAGUCGUUAUGCACCUGAGCAGGUUUUAUUAUCUUUCACAGAUUUCUGUUCUUUUUUUGUGUGUGUGUGUUUGUUUUUAAUUUCCUCUUGUCGUCGACCGGCCGUUCAUUCGCUGACACCUGACUUCUGAUUUUUCUCUGUGCUGUAUUUCCGUCUCGCUACAUCACGUGCUUCCGCCAUGUUCGAGCCAUUUUUUUUAGUGAGGUUUUCACACAUGAGGUUUUUUGUAUGGUAAGGGAGUUUUUUUUUUGUAUGGUAAUUGCUCAGUUUCUGACUCUGUGUUUGUUGCUAAGCAACUAGCAGUAACAUUCACACUGCACACGUUCGACACUGUAAACACUGCUGAGUUGUUCCUCUUCCGAGCAGAGCUUUAGAACCCUGGGAUUAAGUGUAUUGUGAAAGGCACUUGGACAACGAAGGGUUCUUGUCUUCCAACAGGAAUAUUAAUACAAACCCUUCUUACAAUUUUUUUCGUACACGAGUUCUACACCAAUCCUUUAACAGGCUCCUCAAACUGAAAUGGUCUUUUUUCGUGUGUGUGUAUGUAGGAUCAAAUGCGUCCUGAUAAUCAUGUUGGCGAAACAUUACAACAGUUACAGUUGUUUACCCUGUUUUUCUAAACAUGAUCCUGAAAUAUUAGCGACGCAAACAUUAACGCAACGCUCUAUCUCCGUUUUUUUUGUUUUGUUUUUAAAAUUCUCAGGAAAUAUUCUUUACAGCGUAUCUCUGCUUUUAAGUUGUGCUUUUUUACAGUUUAGCGUAACGACUUGGGAAUCCAAGGGUUGGCUGAAGUGUAGUGUUUAUUCAUUUCAUUCAGAUGGACUUUUUUUUUGUUUUGUUUGUUUUUGUGAUUAUUUUCCCCAGUGUGUUCAGAAAUUAAGCUCAACCGUUCUGAUAAACAGACAAAAUAUUACUGUACACUUCUACUUAAUGUACAGGAAAUAGAAUAUAUAGUCAGAAGUAUGAGUACUCCCAGAGCAUCCUGUCUCCUUUUUUACGAUCUAUCGCAAAAUCAAUGGGUAUUACUACAGAGCUGCUCCUUCUUUUUUUUAUACUAGAACACGCUCUACUCUGCUCUUCUGUGAAGCCUAUCCGUUAGAUGUUGGAGCGUGGCUGUGUGGAUCGGUGUACAUUCAGCUCAGAAAGCAUUCGUGAGAUCAGACGCUAACGUCCGGACGUUGAAGAAGACCCCAGUUCCAGUUCAUCCCAAAGGUGAUGAACGGUGUUGAGUCAGUAUCAGAGCUCUCGAGUUCUUCCCCUCCAAAGUUAACCUCCACACCAUGUCUUCAUCGAGCUGUGUGCUUUGUGCACAGCUGCAUUGUCAUGCUGGAAAAGUGUAAGAGCUCUUAGUUCCAUCGAAGGGAAACCGUAAGACUUUAACCACCCGACGCCGUACUGUACAUGCAUAAGACUUUGUGUUUGGGGGGAAAAAAAUAAAGUUCGAAUUCAGGGCGAUCAGGGGUGCACAUACUUUUGCAUGUACAGUAGAAAUUAAAUGGAUCUGGGGAAUUUAUGCUGCAGUAAAUCCCUGCAGAGGUUCCUGGCUCUGGAAGUUUGGGAGCCACCAAAAUCUUUGUAUAACUUGAGGAAACGUAGGCACACGUUUCGUUUGCUAUCGCUAAUAUUUUGCUAUUUACAAUAUUUGGAAUUCUUUGGAUAGAAACCACAACAGUGACGAAUCACCGGUUCCUUCUUUAAUAAGUACAGUCAAGCAUGAGCUCGCGAUCCUUAAGGUUGCUAGCAUAUCUAAGACGAGCCUCGUUUUUAAGGAAAUAUACGAACAAACUUUUGAUGACUGUGAAUAUUAAUAACUUCUGAAUUUUCUGAUUUUUUAAAUGGAAUUAUGAGACGUUCGUUUCCAUUAAGGAAACUUCAUCAACUUCAAAUUCAAUUCAUGAAAUUUAUCCAUUUUUUUGAACAGCCGGUUAGAAUUAUCUGAAGCUACAGUAGGGAUUGUUUGUUUUUUUUUCUUCAUUUAGCAAAAUGUCAGUCGUACAGUAUCUAUGCUGCAUAUUUACAUUUACGUUUAAAUUUAAGCCAUUUGUUAGAUAUCCUUAACCAUAGCGAGGUACAAAAGUGCUUAAGGAAGAGGAAGGUCUUCAUCCGUGGUUUACUGUAUGACUCAGUUGUUCGGACAUCUAGGGGAAGUUCAUUCCACCGACUCGGUGCUAGAACAGAAGAGAGUCUUGAUGUAACCCAACCUCCAUAUAUCAUGUGCUGGGACACGAGUGUGUGUGUGUAUGAGUGCGUCAGGAACACAGUGUAAUGGUUUGUCUUCCAACACUUGUUCAUUUGAAAGCAAUAAGAUUGAUUCUCAUUUUAAAUUCUUCAUGUUGACGAUAUGAUAUGAUGAUAUGAUACUUUAUUCAUGCUCAUGUAUACUAUCAUGUUAUAUUUACAGCACAGUGUAUUUUUGUAACUGAUUUUUAAGGUAUAUUAAAAGAUAAAAAAACG